CAACCUCAAGGCAUUAGUUGGCCGCUUGGCGCACAGUUAAACACAUCAAUAAACAACAACAGGAUAAGAAUAUACAAAAAAACGAUAAUUUCUUAACCGAAGGUCACCAUGCAGUUUUCCAGUGAAUCUGGAGACCUCCCCCAAAUCUCAGUGGGUGGUGUCUCCUCACAUUGCAGCUUUGAUGAUACAGAGCGAGACGAAGUCUGUUCCAAAAUGGUCUCAAAUUCCUCAUUUCCUCAUAAAUCGUCCUCAUUGUCUCACGAGCAGUUGGCAGCUCCAUCAUCAGUAUUACCACUUUUAGUCUCAUUUCUCACGACCCACUGGGUGCUCCUCAUUUCAAUCAGUUUAAUAGCAUUUUUACUAUGGAGGAGCCUCAACUUUUUGACAGAUAAGGGUUUCCGGUUCUUUAGAAAAUUUGUAACGAUAUCCGUCCAAUUCACCGGUGGGAUCAGCAACUCCGGGUCAAAUGCUGAUGCCGGAUACCACUCCCUCAUUCUCUGGCUGGCCAAGCACACGAAAGGGAGUCACAGCCAGAAAAUAGCCCCCAAAACAGUAACCUCAAAACGGAACGAGGAUGGCGAAGAUUCCGACUCUGACGACGAGAACUAUCGUCCCUCCCCCGACUACGAGUACGUUUAUCGCCACACGCCCACCGUGGGUUACGGCGUGAACGACGCUUUCUACAAGGGGCGAUGGAUUCGUCUCAGCCGGAGCGUGAUCUCACCCACGACGAAGGUGUGCUCCACCUCUCAGGAAAUCCUCAUCAUCACCACGUUCUUCUGGAAUAAGAGCCUUCUCUCAGAAAUUAUGGAGCUGUCCAAACCCAAACCUAAGAAGAAGGACAAUUCCAAACUAGUCAUUUACAAGGCCAUGGUGGAGGAGUUGUACUGGGCACGGAUGGGGGGACCCAAGAAGAAGCGACCACUCAAAACCUUGAUCCUUGACGAACAAACGGUGACCCGAGUGGUGUCCGAUGUUCACAAAUUCCUCGACAUGGAAUCCUGGUACUUGGAACGAGGCAUCCCAUACCGGCGUGGCUAUCUUCUCUACGGUCCACCCGGUUGUGGCAAGUCCUCCAUCGUCAAAGCAAUCGCUGGAGAGCUCAACUAUGACAUUUGCAUCUUCUCUCUCUCCCAAAAACUUACGGACAACGCUCUCACCGAACUGUUUAAUUCAGCCCCGGAAAAGAGUAUCAUUCUUCUCGAGGAUAUCGACGCGGCCUUCAAAAGUCGAGAUACUGAUGGGGCCACGGCACGAGAGACGAAUUUGGCCUUUGAAGGGUGUUCUCAGUCCGCAUUGACGUUUAUGGGUUUAUUGAACGCUUUGGAUGGUGUAGCUUCAGCCGACGAUGGGCAGCUGGUCUUUAUGACGACAAACUACCCGGAACGACUCGACCCUGCUCUCGUCCGUCCUGGAAGAGUUGAUCUCAAGAUUUGCGUCGAUUAUCCAAGCGAUGCCCAGAUUGAAGGAAUGUUCAAAAAGUUUUACCCCGAAGUUGACCCCGAGUCUGAGAUGGUGGGUCAGUUUUUAAAGGCGAUUCGAGGGCUAGACCUCGGGGGGCAGAAGGUUUCGAUGGCUAUGCUCCAAGGCCUCAUGGUUGUUUAUCGGGAGGAUCCCAAGGAUGCCAUUGAUAAGUGUGAGGAACACUUCAAAGAACAAUUCGCUAAUUGUAGGCUUGCCAGAGAUAAAUGUGGAUUAUUAUAUUCAUAAACUAUUUAAUUUAUAUAAUUUAUUGAUGGUUUUUUAUUGAUGUUAAGAAAAAAGAGAAAUAAAACUUAAUUAAUGUGAUAAUAUCCAAACCAUA